AUGGUGUAUUUUGUAGAAUACUUAAAUUUUAAAAUUUUUCAGGAGUUUACAGACAUUGUACGUCAUCCUCCACCUUUGUGUAAUGCAGGUCCAAUUGGUGAUGAGCCUUAUAAGUGGCAAGCUACAAUUUGCGGACCGCCAAAUUCGCCAUAUGAAGGAGGAGUAUUUUACUUGAGUAUUAACUUCCCAAAAAACUAUCCGAUGAAACCACCAGAAGUAUGGUUCAAAACACAGAUUUACCAUCCAAAUAUCGGCGAAAAGGGAGCAAUUUGUCUGGACAUUCUUCAGCAUAAAUGGACACCGGCUUUAACUAUUUCAAAAGUUUUGAUUUCAAUCUGCUCUCUUUUCACCGAUCCAAAUCCAAAAAGUCCAAUGAGGGGUGCUAUUGCUGAACAGUACGUAAAUGAUCGUGCUGCAUACGAUGCUACGGCUAAAGAAUGGACUCAGAAAUAUGCGAUGUAA